CAUAAUGUAAACAAAAACAACAAAACAGAGCGGACAGCGGGCCUUUUGUAGCUAUCGCAGCUAAAAUUUUUGCCAUGGAAUCUACCAGUAAAGAAGACAAUAAUGUGUUCCUGCUCAAGGACAUACUGGACGCUGAUGAACAGCAAUAUGCGCUUGAAGUGUACUCGGAGAUGCGUAAUGAUGAGUUUGAAGCAUUACCUGAAUUUCCUGAUGAAAUUCACAUCGAUAUUAAUUUGUAUCCAGAGGAAAUCACCACUUAUCUAGACGAAGUUUCAACGGCACCAAAAAGAAUAACAGCUGCAAAUCAAGUCUUGCCUCUUUUGACGAGUGUUUAUGAAGAUCGUGGUUUAGAAGAAGACACUGGUCUGGCUAGUGAGUGGAGGGAAGUUUUUCAAUCUUUGUCAACUGGUGUGUUCAGAAGUAAUUGCGAAUGUCUAAUUUGCAAAUGCUUCUUUGUCACACCUUCUUUGCUUUUGACGCAUGUCGUCAAAGUCCAUUCCAGCCUUGGAUUGAAAGAGGUCCAGUUCUGUUACGUCUGCAGACAACGGUUUAUCUUCCCCACUGCCUUAUCACUACAUCUGGAGCAACACCACGGGCUUUUGGCUCCUCGGCUGACAUGCUCAGUUUGUUUCAUGCAACUCAAUUCGCAGUCGGAACUCAAAGCCCACGAGAGAAAACACGCUCUGACGGAGGCCUGUCGCCAAUGCUUUAGCCACUUUCCAUCAAGACAGCAACUAGCCCAACACGUAGCAUCUGUCCAUGCAAAACCAUUCCCCUGUUCAAACUGCCGCAAGUCAUUUGAACAUGAAGCUACUUAUAAGGCACACUUGGCAAGGCAUAAAACAUUCCAAAUAUCAAUUUGCAUAAAUUGCAAGUGGUGCCCAAGUAGGAAUUCAAUUGAUCCUGAAUUGACUCUGCUGGAGCAUUUACACGGCUGCCUGUCACCAGAGCAGUUGCAAUCUUUCUUUAGUUUUGUCCUAAAAGAGGAUAAGCAGGAGCAAGAACUUGAGAAAAUGUUAAAGCUAUAUCACGAAGUAAGGGAAGGGGAUGAACUAAUAAGUAAUCAGUUGCUCGAUGUGGAGGAUUGUGUGUCGGCUAUUGUGAAGAGUGUCGAAAAAACCUUGGGUGAUAAAGACACAAAGGUUCAAAAAAUGAAAACUGACACCCUAUGCAAAUUGUGUUCAAAGGCAGUAAUUGAGCUGGAUAAAAUUCCUGAACACGUUCAAGAAUUCCACCCCAAAAGCAAGCAGUGUCCUAUUUGUAAAAAUCGAUUUCCAUCAGUGAAAAGAGCUCAGGCACACACAAGAUUGCACCUGAAAUCAACUUCAGCACCCAAAGAAUAUAAUUGCCGAAUGUGCAGCGCACAAUUUAAAGAUAACGGAAAACUGAACAGGCAUUUAGAAACAACUCACAUGAUUAAUGUUUUGUCGAGGCCCUAUAAUUGCCAUGUGUGUAAGAAAUCGUUUUACUCGGCCAAUUUAAGAGACAAACAUGUCACAUUGCACUCUUUACGAGGCCAAGAAAAUGUAGAAGCAAGUUCUCUUGCUCUGAAAUGUAGUUUCUGCAAUCGAGUAUUCAUCAAGCCAACAUUUCUUACAAAACACAUAGAAAAAUACCAUAACAGCAGAUCACUGGCAAAUCCAGGCAUUCCAGAAACGGUUGGUGAAAUUUUAAAGUGCAACGAGUGUGGCGAGCUUAUGGAUGAUCUUAGCAAACUCAAACGUCACGUGAAAACCAAGCAUUGUGUUGCGUCUGACAAAAACCGUUUCCAGUGCAACAUUUGCAAAAUUGGUUGCAGCACGGCUGUUGGCUUGAAAGUACACAUGAGGACGCACACCAACGAGCGACCCUACGAGUGCAUUGUCUGCAGUAAAAGAUUCAACAGAGUUUAUGCUUUAAAUAAGCAUAUCAAGAGAGUUCAUGAAAUAAGCGUCCCAGAUGACGGCCGCAGAAAGGUGUUUUGCUGUACCGAAAAAGGGUGUCCACACCGGCAAUCAAGUUACGCGGCAAUUCUUAAGCACUAUCUCAGAGCGCACAGAGAUGUUAAGCGCUUCAUAUGCGGCAUUUGUGGAGAAUGCUAUUGCCAGAACCAGGAGUUGAAGAUCCACAUGCUCAAUAAGCACAAACUGACCGCUCCGAAUGUCAUUGUGCGGGAAUCCAGCAAGCAGACCGAUAUCCAUGUGUAUCCUUCGAUCGUGAAGCUUCCACCUAGUCACCCACACGCAAUGCUGAUCACUCAGAUUAUGGAGGACCAGCACAAAAAGACUUUAAAUUUACCGAAAUUCCCCACUGUGCAGGAAACAAUGGAAAAUGGCUCGUCCGAUUGCUUGGUGAAAGAUUUUAACCAAGAGAUAAGUGGUCCGACCUCUUCUGCAAUUCCAGCUAAAAAUCUAGAUUGUCCAGCUAGUAAAGGGUUAAAAUGUCAAUCAAAAGAAACAAUAAUUUAUGACACGUCGGCCAGUUACGGUUCAGUGGUGCCCAAUCUCGAGUCGAUUGCUGCACCAAACACGUCUACCAGCCUUAAACUUGCGUCAGUAAACAACGAAACUUACCUGAGCAUUAUAAACCAAGCUUAUGAGACCAUGCAUCCGAAAUAUCCUGAAGUGGUUGCGGCUGUUGUCAAUCUUCCUCCGAAUAAUAAAGAGUUUGGCGUUGUGACGGUUCCGACAGAAAUUCUGCAGCCAAUCAUCAUAUCAACUAAUGCGCCAACUAAUUCUGUUCAUGUUGGACCUCGGCAAAAUUUAAUCCCCAAAAAUUCAACCGAAAUAUCGUCAAUACAGACUGCUGAUGGUAAAGUGCAAAACAAGGAAAUAAAAAUUCAUAGGAGUUUAAAAGAUUCUAAACUUCGAGCGGCUCCAAAUAUCAAAGGUUCAUUGAGAAACGAAAGUGAACUUUGUGACUAUAAAAUUCGGCAUCAGAUCAGCACAGACGAAAGCAAAGUAUGCCCUGAUUGCCCAGGGAGAGUAUAUAAAAGACUGAGCGAUCUUAGGAAACAUAUGAAUAAUCAUCAAGAGAAACCAAAGAGUUAUCUGUGCCACCAAUGUGGUGCCGUUUUGACAAGGAGAGACUCGUUACUCCUGCAUCAAGCAAGGAAGCAUAGCAAAUUCCAAUAUAAAUGUGCAAUUUGCAAAAAAGGAUUCAAGAUAGAAAGCCAGUAUCAUGCUCACCAAAAAUCCCAUUCAGGCAACAAAGAACACAAAUGUGACAUAUGUGGUAGAGCGUUUGCACUUCGAAACUACCUGCUCAGUCAUUUGAAAAGGCACACAAAGCAGAAGAAUUUCUUGCAAUGUCCACAUUGCCCUCGGAAAUUCAGUUCCAAUGAAACUUUGCAGGUACACGAGAAAUGUUUCCACACAAAAGGCGCGAUGCUGCAGUCUCGACAAAGAAAGCAGGAUGCUCUUCAGAAACAAGAAGAAGCCCAGAAGGCAACUCUGGCUGCCAAUUUAGAGGACGAAAUGCUGCAGGUUGAUUUUGAUCUUGAGGAAAACCAAGUUGUGUACCUGAAAGUGCUAUCGGAUGCAGACCUAGCAUUUUUGCCUUCAUAGUGAUGAGAAAUUGAAAUAAGAAAAAAAAAACAGAUUCGUUCAUGAUUUUAUAUAAAAUAAACCA